UUCCCUUUUACCGCUGUUACCGGUAGCGCUGGCAGCAUUAUUACUAGCUUCCCGCGCAAUCUCCUAUUUCUCGCUUGCCAUCCGUGCAGUUAAUGUCAGAGGCCACGGAAUAGUGAAAAAUAAUUGCCAAAAUGAGCGAAAGGGAAAGCCGUGAGAAUGCCUCGCUCUCUGGCUCACUACCUCCAGCACAAAUGGCACCAGCCGAAGUGGCACCAGUCCAAGUGCUUCCAGCCCAGAUGCCACCAGCAGAAGUGCCACUAGCACAAGUGCCACCAGCACAAGUGCCACCAGCACAAGUGCCAUCAGCCCAGGUCCAUAGCAGUCUGCUGCAAAUUCCCCACGGCUACCGUCGUUCGGAGCAUAUCCAUCGGCUGAUGGAGAAUUUACAGCAACAACUGGAUGUUCUGCAAAGGCAGGCUGAAGAAGCCGAUAAAGAGGAAGGACGAGGAGCAGAACAACAAGAGAUCGGACGAGGAAGAGUGGAAGAGGCAGGACGAGGAAGACAGCAUGUGGCAGGACGAGGAAGAGAGCAAUGGGCAGGACGAGGAAGAGAACAAGGAGCAGGUCGAGGAAGAGGACAAGGGGCAGGGCGAGGAAGCAGGGGACCAGAGAGGAAGAAUCGAGGAGGAAAAAAAAAGGAGAAGCGGGAUGCGACCUAUUGGAAAUCACAAUAUUUUCAAUCCAGGAAUGAUCGUCGAGGUCCUCCACCUCCUCCUGGAGCAGGUCAAGGCAUGUUUGGCAAAGGCUCAGUGUUUUAUUUCAAUUGUGGAUAAAAUACUGAGUCUUGCUUUUAUUAGUUCCUACCCUCUCUGAUAUCAUAGCAUAUUUUUCAUAUUUUCCUAAAUCCAAGUUUUCAUACUAUAUAUUAAGGCGCCUCACCAGUAUUAUAAAUUAAAUGGCUGAGCGAAUGGAUUCUUUUGCGUACUUGAAACUUAAAUACUUUAAAUUUAGUUAGUUAUUAUAUAAAAAAAUGUUAAAAACUUAUAAUAAUGUGCAAAAUAACAAAAAAAAAACAAAAAAUGAAUGUUAAAAUACUAAUGUAAAAAAAUGUUAUAAAAACAUGAACAAAAACGUACUUUUACACACACAAAUACAAACACACACUAAAUUACCUAAAAAUAAACAUAAAAAUAGAAAAUAUUAUUAUAAUAAAAUAUCGUUGAAAAAAAUGACUAAAACUACUGCUGUAAAAAAUUAUAGACAUUUAUAAAAAAUUGAUUGAUUGAAAUAAUUCUACACACAACACAGAGACACACACACAACAAAUGAAUAAGAUAAAUAUAUAUUACCCUAAACAAUGGUUCGUAAUUUCUUGAUUC